UUGGCAGUAGGCAAGAAACACACACAUAACAAAUUUUCUGCGGCUAACUUUUUGCAACUUAGAACCGAGUUGGGAAGGCAGUGGAGAGAAGAAGAUGGGUGUGACGAAGGAGCAGGUGGAAUCUACUUUGAACUCCAAGUUGAGCCCUUCUCAUCUCGAAGUAACUGAUACAUCUGGAGGAUGUGGUGCAAGUUUUGCAAUUGAGAUCGUUUCAGAACAAUUUGAAGGGAAGAGGUUGCUGGAGAGGCAUCGACUGGUAAAUGGUGCUUUGGAGGAGGAAAUGAAACAGAUUCAUGCUCUUUCAAUCAAGAAAGCCGUCACCCCUCAACAGUGGGAACAACAGCAACAGGCGGAAAAAUCAUCAUCUGCUGCUUAAAUAGCAGUUCUGCAGACACUUUAUUCCAACUCUCGUGCAUUUGGAAGGUUAUAACUACAAAUGACAAAAACAUACUCGAAUUGUCAAAACCGAAAUAGUAUUCCGUUUCCUUGUUUAUAUAAAAAUAUACUUAAAUACUCAUUUUAAUCUGAAUGGGAUUAAUAUGUGUUUUGAAGCUAA